AUGUGGCUUCUCCUCACCUUCUCCUUCCUGCUGACGUCUGCAGGUGAGGAUGACAGUGACAAGGUGCUGAGUGGUGACGAGUGUGUGCCCCACUCCCAGACAUGGCAGGUGGCCCUCUUCGAGCAUAGAUGCCUUGACUGCGGUGGUCCCCUCAUCUCCCCGCACUGGGUGCUCUCUGCAGCCCACUGCCAAACGCGCUAUGAAGGCUUAGGCUCCACGAGAGUGCGCUUAGGCGAGCACAACCUGCGCCAGCGCGAUGGCGCAGGCAUUGUGUCCUGGGGCGAUGUCCCCUGCGACACAACCACCAAGCCCAGUGUCUGUACCAAAGUCUGCAGCUACUUGGAGUAG